AACUUCCGGGUUCGCAUGCAGUAGACUAUAACAAAACAGCUCGGCGUUCAGUAAAACUAGACGCAUCCAGAUUUACAUAUAUAGAAAAACCAGGACUUGAGCAUCUGUUAAUCAUUCAAGUUGAUAAAAUGGCCAGUGGAAAUAAGUACGAAGUUGACCCUAGUAAUGCAGGGUACGACCAGACCCCGAAGCAGACAGGUCCGAACCCAAAUCAGUACAACGCAGGAUACAACCAACCUCCUCCCUAUGUCCAGCAGCCCGGUGGUUAUGCCCAGUAUCCUGCUGGUUAUGCCCAGCAUCCUACCGGUUAUGCCCAGCAGCCUACCGGUUAUGCCCAACAGCCUACCGGUUUUGGCCAUCACACCAACAAUACAGUUGUGGUGACAAAUAAUGCACCGGGGCCAGUGAUCAUUGCUGCACCCCCCAGAGGAAAUGACUGGCUCGUUCCCGCCAUUUUGAGCUGUUUUUUCUGCUGCCCAUUAGUUGGGAUCUGUGCCAUAGUUGCUGCCGUCAACGCGAGGAGUAAUUAUGAUUGUGGGGAUACAAGUGGUGGUAGAUCGAGUGCCAGCUGGGCCAAAGGAUUGACCUUGACCUCUAUCGGGAUAGGAGUGGCCUGUUACAUCCUCAUAAUCGUUUUGUACGCCACAGUCUUGAAGAGCGAAGAAGACAUUAUUAAUAACUACGGUUACAAUAAUAACUACUGAACACAGAAAACAAGAAGAGGGAUUUUAUAUGCACAUGUAACCUUUAAAUAUGAACACACUUUUGCUUAAUUCUGUGACAUUUUUGGACAAAAUGUUCAUCAAAUGUAUUAUCAUUUAUGAAAACGUCGAUAUUGUUCUUAAGGAAGAAAAACUUGUGUCUAAGCAUUUUUAAAAAAAUGUGCUCUUUUGAAAUGAUAAUUAAAAAUUUUACGACAAUUCACAUCAACUAACUAUUCAUUUAAAAAAUUCUUUUUGUAACAAAAAUAAACAUAUUUUCAACAGGACUAAAAUGCUGAGUAUAUGUACAUGCUUACACACUAGAUAUCCCUAACGUCUGCAUCUGCACAUAUUAGUGUAGCACCCUAUAGACACAGCUCAUUAAUUAUAUGUGUGUUGACUUUCAUUCUAAUCUUUCUUAUAUAUAUGUAAUCUUCUAUGACAUCUGGGCUCAUAAUUUUAAUAGAUUGUCUUAUGUAACGUAACCCUUUUUUGUUUAUCUCAUCGAAUCUUAUUAUAUCAGUCUAUAUAGUUACAUUUCUCUACUACGGACUGCUUUUGUGGUAAAAUCGGUACUAAAAACAAAAUUGUUGUACAUCAUAUAAGAACAUGUGUAUCCAGAUAAAUUGAAUAAAAGGAGGGAAAUUCA